UAAUAAUUUUUCUAAGUUGUUACUAAACUAAACUUGGUACUAAAUUUUUAAAACACACAAAAUAACAACAAACAAAAAAAUAACAAUUGUUUUGUAUUUAAUUAUCUAAUUCAUUGCAUUUUUCCUGAAAAACCGGGUCCCGACACCUGCCUCCUCCCCCCCCCAUCCCAUCUAUUAGUUCCCCCCCCCAAACGCGCUUCCAUACAUGUUAUCUAACCGAUUGACAACUUUUACUGUCGGACUAUUACGAUACCGACGACGACCACCACUAUCGCUGACCCCAACAAUGUCUGCCGCGGGUCGCGGAUUGGCAACCGAAGCGGGCGGUGGUGUCCUUUGUCGUCGUUUGGUGGGUAAAGUAGCGGUCGUUACGGCUUCGACCGAUGGCAUUGGCCUAGCAAUAGCCCGUAGACUGGCCGCCGAAGGUGCCAAAGUGGUGGUCAGCAGCCGAAAGGAAAAGAACGUUUCGGCGACUGUCGAUAAGCUUCGGGCCGACGGUCUGGACGUACGCGGCGUUGUCUGUCAUGUGGCCAAAGCCGACGACCGAAAUCGAUUGAUUCGUGAGGCAGUGGACGGUUUCGGCGCACUGGACAUUGUAGUGUCCAACGCAGCGGUCAACCCGGCAAUGGGCGCCUUUCUCGAUACCACUGAGGAUGAGUUUGACAAAAUACUUCAGGUCAACAUCAAAGCCUCGUUUCUAUUGACCCGCGAGGCCUAUCCGCUCAUGCGAUCGGGCGGUUCGUUUACAUACGUCUCAUCUAUCGGCGCCUAUCAGCCAUUUGGUCUGAUCGGUGCCUAUUCGGUGUCGAAGACGGCACUGCUAGGUCUGGCCAAAGCCGUUGCCCAGCAAUCAGCCGAUCGCCAGAUACGGGCCAACUGUGUCUGUCCGGGUGUAAUACGGACCCGAUUUUCGCAGCCUCUCUGGCAGAGCAAUGAGGCUAUGACUGAAAUCUGUCGACUCGUACCGGCCCAGAGGAUUGGCGAACCCGACGAAAUUGCCGGCGUUGUAGCCUUUUUGGCCUCCGAUGACGCCUCCUAUGUUACCGGCGAGAGUGUGGUGGCCGCCGGCGGCUAUUUUUCUCGCCUAUAGAUUAUAUAUAUAGUAAUAUAUAAUAACUUACU